CACCAUUAUAAUCUAAUUUUUGACGUAUCAACUAUAUUGUUUCAGGACCGACUAGAUCAAGAUGUGUUGAAGUUGAUAGUGGACGCACUGAACGAAACCAUACAGUGCCCUGUAUGCCUUGGCACUCUGCGGCCACCGUUAACGCAAUGCUCCAGUGGUCACGCACUGUGUCCUGACUGCAAGCCUCAAAUCAACAUAUGUCCUACCUGUCGCAAGGACUUCAUCGAGACGAAGCCCGUAGUCCUACAACAGUUGUUGGAUGCAUUACCGAGGAUGUGUCUGUUCCGAACCCUCGGGUGCCCAGAAGUCUUCAUACCCGGAGGCACCCACGAGACUCUCUGUAGCUAUCGAACUGUUGAUUGCAAACUGCUCGAUUGUGAGUGGUCUGGACAAGCCAAGAAAUUGGAAAGCCACCUCACUGUGGUUCAUAACGAUCGUACUGUUGUUUUAGAGGAUGAGACAGCAUCGGAGAUAGUCUGGAGAAACUUUAACAACACCGAGGAUUCUUUCAAGUACAUUCCAUUUGUUGCUUACGGUCAAGUGUUCUGGGAAUACAUUCACAUGAAUGUGGAAGUCCAAAAGCUGUGCAUUUCAUUUACUCGAGUUGGCAAUGGACACACUACAUUCAAGUACUUUGCCAUCAUAAGCUUCAAACACAAUAUUAUUGGAUACACUUACACUAUCAAAGUACCCAUUGAUAAUAACAAAUUCGUUGAUUUCUAUGAAGAGCACUGCAUGACGGUGCCAGGCGAUAUGCUUCCCAGAUUUGUAAACCAGGAGUCAUUACUGGUUUACAGUGUUCAGAUCAUUAGAGAAGAUGAUUAAAAUUAAAUGGUUUUUUUUAUUUUUAAAUAUUUAUGAAUACACUUAUUUCAGUUUUUAUUCUUCGAUAAUAUUAAGCUUCUCUUUUUAAACAGGGAGUUGUUACCUAGGGUCAAGUUCUGUGCUCAUAACUGUACAAAGCUAUUAAAUAUUGUAGAAACAAAUAAAAAAAUCCAUCUUAA